AUGAAACAGCCCCUGAUCCUGUCCCUUCUCCUGCUGGGGACAGUUACCAUCUUCUUCCUAGAGACCACUGGCUACCAUCAGGAGAGCCCAAAGAGAGAGCCAGACCUGUGGCAGGAUGCAGAUGGCUCAAGGGAUCAGGGAAGAGAUUUGACUUUGACCCCAGAGACAACGUGGGCAGAGGGAAAGGAGACUGAGGGUUUCAAACAUCAAGACAUCUUUAAGGAUGAGGAGUCUGACCCAGAUGCCUUAGACAAGGACUCAACAUGCCCCAGAGAAGAGGACAUAACUCAUUUGCAGGGGACUCCUGGUUGCAAGAGCUGUCGCUACGUUCUGGUGAGGACGCCCAGGACUUUUGAUAAAGCUCAGUGUGUCUGCAGGAGAUGCUACCGAGGCCACCUUGCUUCCAUCCACAGCUACAGUGUCAACUUCCAAAUUCAGUGCCUGGCCAGGAAGAUCAACCAGUCCCACAUCUGGAUUGGAGGCAUUCUCAAGGGCUGGUUCUUCUGGAAGAAGUUUCGGUGGACUGAUGGGAGCUGCUGGGAUUUUGGAAACUGGGCCCCAGGGCAGCCUGGGAAUGGGGGUGGACACUGCGUGACUCUGUGCACCACAGGGGGCCGUUGGCAAAGAGCUUCAUGCAAGACUCGCCUGCCUUUUAUCUGCUCCUUCUAA